AUGUCUCACAGCGGUUCGAUUAGCAUGGAGAGUCUUGGACUGUCAGAUGGCAAGAACUUAGCAUUGUCCAAAGCACGGAUAUUAGAUAAUGUUGUGUGUUGGGGAGAUGAACAGCUGAACGGGAAUGCUUACGAAGUGUUCUUGAGUUUUAGAGGGAAAGACACUCGUAAAGGUUUCACCAAUUAUCUCUAUUCUAGUCUUGUUGAUGCAGGAAUUCACGUGUUCAAAGACAACAAUGAACUCCGUGUUGGUGAGGAGAUUGGUGCGGAGCUUCUCUGCAGCAUUACACAGUCCACGAUCUCUAUCCCGAUUAUCUCUGAGAACUACGUUUCCAGCAAAUGGUGCCUUCGUGAGCUGGUUCAUAUGUUAAAGUGCAAGAGGAGUAAAGGGCAAAUAGUGUUGCCCAUAUUUUACAAAAUGGAACCCUCACAAGUGCGACAUCCUACAGGGAGAUUGAGAGAAGCUAUCGAGGCACAUAAAAAGAAUACGGAGGAAAUUAUUGUGAAGGAAUGGGAAGAAGCACUCAAAGAAGUCAGCUCUUUGAAAGGAUGGGAAUCGGAGAAAAUUGAUAACGGGCAUGAAGGAGCAUUGGUUAAAAUUGUUGUUAGAAAAGUUAUGGCCGAGUUAAAAAGACUUUUUUUGUUAAAUGUUCCCAAGCAGUUGGUGGGAAUCGAUGAUCAUGUGGAACAAAUUAUGAGUAGGAUAGAUGCAAAAUUCAAUGGUACAAGGAUUAUUGGAAUUUAUGGAAUGGGCGGCAUUGGUAAGACAACUCUUGCAAAGGUGUUAUACAACAAACUCUCUAGUCAUUUUGAAAACCGUAGCUUUGUGGCAAAUAUUCGAGAAACAUCUCAGUGCAAGGGCACGGAAUUUCUACAAAAGCUGCUCAUUUCUGACAUAGUAGGAAGUUCAAUUGAUGUGUCUAAUAUCGAUGAAGGAGUCGAUAUCAUCAAAUGUCAAUUUGCAAGUAAGAAAGUCUUAAUUCUUCUGGAUGAUGUGGAUGAUCGUACUCACUUGAAUGCUUUGAUUAAGGAUGGUAAUUGGUUUGAACUGGGAAGUAUAGUCAUCAUCACAACUAGAAGCAAAAGGAUUCUCGAUGAGGCUAGGGCAAGCUACAUGUACCAACUCAACGAGUUGUCUUUUGAUCAAUCAUUGAUUUUAUUUAGUAGACAUGCAUUUCGAAACGAUUUUCCUCAUAGUUAUUAUGAGGCUAUCUCUUCUGAAAUCGUAUCUACUACCGGGGGGCUUCCAUUAUUUCUUGAAGUUGUAGGUUCAUUCUUAUGUGGAAAGAAAGAAGAAGUAUGGAAAGAUACAUUAAAGAAAUUAAAGAAAGUGCCUGAUAAGACAGUGCAAGAGAAGUUGAAAAUAAGUUACGAAGCACUAGAUGACGAGGAGCAACAAAUAUUUUUGGAUAUUGCAUGCUUUUUCAUUGGAUCACGUAAACAAAAUCCAACUUACAUGUGGGACGCCUGUAGUUUUCUCCCAGGGAGGGGGAUUGAAGUGUUAAGUCUUAUGUCCCUAAUUAAGAUUGACAAAGAGGGUGAGCUAAUGAUGCAUGAUCAACUGAGAGAUCUUGGAAGGGAAAUUGUUCGUUUGGAAAAUCCAAGGAAGCCUCAAAGACGUAGUAGAUUAUGGAAUUCUGAGGAAGCUCUAGAUGUAAUUGACAGAAACAGGGGUACUAGAAAGAUAGAGGCCCUUUCUCUUGGCAAAUAUGGUAUGGGAAGAACAUAUGCAGCCAAACAACUUAAAAAAAUGACUAACUUGAGGUUCCUCCAAGCGGAUGGUGUCGAUUUCAUCGGAGAUUUCCAAAGCUUACUUCCUAAAUUAAGAUGGCUUCAGUGGAAGGGCUGUCCAUCGAAUUUCGCUGCGGACAACUUUCACCCGAAAAAACUAGCUGUACUCGAUCUAUCAAAUAGUGCCAUUUCGGAGGACUGGGGAGGAUGGGAUUCACUCAAGAAUGCAAUUGAGCUCAAAAUUCUCAACCUUACGGAUUGUGACUUUUUGAAAAGAACUCCUGACUUGUCCACUUUCAAAAGGUUGGAGAUUUUGACUCUUGCAUGUUGUUGGAAUCUGGAAGUGCUUCAUCCUUCUGUUGGAAAUUUGGCAUCAUUGAUCGAGCUGUACUUAGCAAGGACAUUGAUUACAGAAUUACCUGAAAGCAUUGGGAAUUUGCAAAAUCUAAGGAUCUUGUGUAUUUAUGGAACUGGCAUAAUGGAAUUGCCUCAUGCCAUUGGAAUGUUGAAAAAUCUAGAAAAGUUGGAAGUUUGGGAUUGCAAAAACCUGGAGCGACUACCUAGUAAUAUAUGCGAAUUGAUUUCGCUAAAGGAGCUCUUCCUUGACAGGUGUGAAAAGCUUCGUGAAUUACCAAAACUACCCUCUGGCUUAACAUAUCUAAGUAUUACGCGCCAGGGGCGGUCUUUGCCGCAUCUUUCCCAGCUAACCCGUCUCAAGAUGCUCGCUCUUCGUGAUUGCCAUCGGCUUGAGUGUGUCCCAGAGCUUCCCAUUGGACUAUCGGAGCUUUAUAUUGUAGGCUGCGAAAAAUUGAAAGCCUUGACAAAUUUGUCAGACUUGAAACACUUGCGCCGUUUUAGUUUAUAUGAAUGCCCAUCUCUUGAAGGAUCGCUCGACGUGUUGAAUUUUAGGCGUACGCAGAUGGGAGAACUUGGCUUGAAAGAGAUCGACUUCCCUCCGUGGGGCUUAGAAUUCUCCUGUGAGCAGACCUGA